AUGAAGAAUGUAUCCGAAGAGCAGGUGGAGGAAGACUCAUUCGCAAAAAAAACACCAAUAAAACGUUUAGCUAAGCGAAGCGCUGAA